AUGGAGCAGUCCUCGCCGUUGGCUGCCAUGCAUCCUCCCUCUGUCCACUUCGGCCACUGCUUCAGAGCAGAGCCUGCCAGCUCCUUCACCCAGUUCCCGGCCCCGGUGCCCUCCUUUGGCCCUGACAGCUUCAACUUCAGGGAUCUUUCCAUGAAGCGGGCGAGGGCUGACUACUUCACGGCCGUCAAGCCUGCUUCUCGGCCCUCGCCCACCGUCUCCCUCGCUGCAGACCUCUCCCAGAACUUUCAUAUCGACCAGAGGUGCGUCUUGGUAUAUCCGGGGCAAACAAACAGUCUCUUUUUCUUUCCCUUGUUUGCUUGUCCUUGUCCUGUCCCUGUCAUGUCUUCUUGUCUUGUCUAA